UUUAAAGUCACUGCUCAGAAUGGUUAUAGGCAAGAUAUGGGUUUGAAUUUAACUAUGAAUAAUCACAUGUUUCAUAAUUAAUUGCUUUAGGAAAAUGGGAUCAAUUUGGAGUAACAGUGAUCCAACGAUCAAGACGGAGCCUGAGAGAGACUUAUCAUCCCUUCAGUAUGUAUACAGUUUUUUCAGACAUGGUACCAGAGCUCCCCUGUAUAAACCCUACCCAAACAACCCCUAUAAGUCUAUCUACCCGGAGCAUUUCCCGGGACCACCAGGUGAACUAACAGAUGAAGGAAAGCGACUCAUGUAUAAAGUAGGACGAAGACUGAAGGCUGUCUAUGGUAAAUUUAUUGGACCUUACUCAGCAGAGAAUGUGACCAUAACAUCAACAGAUAUGAGUAGGACCAUCACAAGUGCUAUGGCAACUUCUGCGGGUCUUUUCCCUCCAGCUGAACCGAUAUUUAAUAAUAUGAUGUGGCAGCCAAUCCCUGUGUGGCAUAACACUUUGGAUUUUGACAAAGCAUAUAUUUUUAAUGACCCUGACUAUCCCAGCCUAGGACUAAAAGAUUGUCCAAAAUAUGGAAAAAUGAUUAAAGAGGGUUACGAACUUACAAAGAACCCCGACCCAAGCGAGGCUAAUAAACCAAUAUACGAGUUGCUUAAGAAACACACAGGCAGAACUGACAUCAACUCCAUUGAUACACACUACGAGAUAUGGGACACCAUUCAGUUUGAGAGUCUCAACGGUCUACAGCAGCCACAAUGGGUCACACAGCCACGGCCUGAGUUCAACAACAAGCCUCUGUAUCCGGAUAUGAUGGCACCACUUUUAGUUGAGCUUUUUGAAAAGUCUAUCUACCUCAACAAAAGCAAAGAAAUGCUUUCUUUUUAUGCAGGACCUCUGCUUCACCACAUUCAUGAAAAGUUCAUGAAAAAAUCACAAGACAAUACUUUUGCUGAAAAAUUCAGGUUUCAUUCCACUCAUGAUGACACACUCUUUGCCUUGCGGUGGGGUCUUGGAUUGGAUAAGCCACAAAUGAUAGGACCAGGAGAUGGAUUCAUAUUUGAGCUUCACAAAGAGACUCUCGCAGAUAAACGGUCUUGUGACACUGUUAAGGUGUUCUUCUGUAACAGCCACAAGCUGGAGAUAGAAGAACUCGAUCUUCCUAAGUGUGAAUCACCGUGUACUCUGGAUUGUUUCAUGGAUAAAUAUCCGGGAGUAAGCCCUUCACAGUGGCAGGAUAGCUGUAGAUCAUUAAAAUAAUAAA